AUGGCGAACAUCUUCCCCGCCAACGUCACUGCCUUUCCCUUUUCCAACUCCUCCCACCCACUCGUCGCCACGGAGACAACCUUCACGACCCUCUUGCCCACAAUCCCUGACCCCAGGGAACACUGUCACCUUGAUGACAGCUCCCUCCGGAUCCCUCUAGCCGUCCUUUACUCAGUCCUCUUCGUCUUGGGCCUGGCCGGCAACAUCCUGGCUCUCUGGGUCUUUCUAUACGUCCACUCCAAGAAGAAACCUGUCAGAGUGUUCCUCAUCAACGUAGCUUUAGCCGACCUGCUACUGGUCAUCUGUCUUCCAUUCAGAGUGCUGUACCACAGUAAAGGGAACCGCUGGGACCUGGGCCCCACCCUCUGUAAGGUAGUGGGGAACCUCUUCUAUAUGAACAUGUACAUCAGUAUCACCUUAUUAGGGUUGAUCAGUGUGGAUCGCUAUCUGAAGAUCCAGCGUGGUGCCGGGGGCCAGUACCGCAUCAAGGCCACCAGAUGGAGCCCCGCCAUCUGUGGGAUGAUCUGGGUCCUGGCCCUCGCCUCCGUCAUACCCAUGAUCCUCCUCUCUGAGGGCAACGAGGAGUCUGACAAAUGUUUCCAGUAUAAACAGCGUCAACGUGCGAAGGGGAAGGCCUACUUCAACCUCUUCCUGGUUGCCGCAUUCUGGCUCGUGUUCGUCUGCCUCGUGGUGUCUUAUGGGAAAAUCGGCAUCAAGCUGCUGAGGCUAUCGAGAAAGAAACCAGACUUCCCCAACGCGGCCCGCUAUACCCGCACCGCCAAGAAGUCCUUCUUUGUCCUCUUCCUGUUUAUCGUCUGCUUCGUCCCCUAUCACAUGGUCCGGGUGUUCUACGUCGUCUCCCAGAUCAGCGACACUUCCUGCUUCUGGAGGGGCGUGGUCGACAAAGCCAAUGAAGUGGUGUUGCUACUCUCUGCCUUCAACAGUUGCCUGGACCCUGUGAUGUACUUCAUGUUGUCGGCGUCCGUGAGGAAAGAGACCCUCCGAUUGUUCAAUAACGUGUUCCGACUGAGGGACCCGGGGUCCAGUGUGGAUUGUGGGAGGAGCCUCAGGGAGCAGCCAACUGUUAGUUUCAUCAGUAAUCCGAGGAGUAAAAUAACUGUCCAGCCCUGCCUUUAAGUGACAUAAUUAUUUUUAGACAUUAAAAGCUUGGGAAACUAUAUUAACAUAAAUGUUCACACUAUUGGUAUACAGUAU